GAUUUUUUGUGAAUAGAGAAAAUCUAAAACGGGUUGUGAAAAUUGAGAAGACAAGAGCCCAAAACAAGAGGGAAAAAAAGAGACAACUUUUCCCGCAACAAAGCAUUGUACCCUCCGCUACAAAAUUAGUUCUUUUUCCAGCUCAUUCCACUAUUCCGUCUGUGUUUCCAAAGCCACCUGCCCGCCGCCCGCCGCCCACCGCCGGCCAUGAGACUCUCCGGUGGCUCAUUCACUGCCGCUGCUCCUCAAAUUCUUCUUCCAAAGGCGUCUGCAUUUUCGAUUUCGGACGGCGUUUUCAGCCUCACGGCGAGGCUUAAACCGCCGAGGCGGCGGCGGUUCUGUCUCAGAGUCUCGUGCACAUCGGAAAAAUCGGGUGCCAAUGCGGCGUCGUCACAAUAUGCUUCUCAAUUCGGAGAUUUGGCGCCGGAGGCGCAGCGCGGAAUUGAAUCGUUGAGUUUUGAAGUGCGAAGCCCUUCUUCCCCACCUAGUUUGAUUCCGCGCCCUACAUUGAGCUUGAGCGACCAAGCUUUUUUGCUCCUUGCCUUCAUCGGUUGCACGACUUCUGUUGCAUUCUCUUGCCUUGUUGCUGCAGCUGUGCCAACAUUAUUUGCGAUGCGGAGGGCUGCAAUAUCUCUUUCAAAAUUAGCUGAUACUGCCCGCGAGGAGCUCCCCAGUACAAUGGCAGCUGUCAGGCUGUCUGGGAUGGAAAUCAGUGAUCUCACAUUAGAAUUGAGUGACUUGAGCCAAGAAAUAGCAGAUGGGGUCAAUAAAUCUGCUCAAGCAGUGCAAGCAGCCGAAGCUGGAGUUCGUCAAAUAGGUUCACUUGCUCGCCAACAAACAAUGGCCAUGAUUCAGGAAAGAGCUAGCCUACCUAUCAUCUCACUACAACCAAUGGUGGCUGGGGCUGCAAAGAAGACUUCUCGUGCUGUUGGUCAAGCAGCCAAGACUUUCUUGAACAUCAUAUCACCAGGCGAACACAACUCAGCUGAUGAAUACGCGGGUUCUACAGAAAGGACAGAAAGUUGAUAGCUUCAGUAGAUAGGUAAUCCGCUGGCUUAUCAAUGUAAGUGACGAGCAUUGUGGUACAUGAGCACCGGAAGACGCAUGGAGUUUCCCUCUCGAUGAGAUCAUGAUGCAAAAUAGAGGCCUUUGUGGAAUUCUCUGAUGUAAAUAUGAAACUAUCUUUCCGCAAUAAGGAAAAACAAUUCAAGAGGAAUUUAUAGUCUUGAUCUUUUUGAAAAUUUCUGCUUGGUUGUGGAAUGCUUUGACAUAGACUGGAAAGCCAUGAAAUUAGAACACAUUGUUAUUUGGCCAAUGUUAAGGCAUGGGGAGUUUAGAUCUUGUUUUGCUGGAGUUUCCAUUUAGUUUAAUUAAUCUUAUAUUGAUCCAAAUGGAUCAUAUUGAAGGACCCUAAAUUUGUACUGAUAGACUAGUUUCAAACUUUCAAUUAAUCUUUUUUAAGCUUAACUCA